AUGGAUUUGAUACGCCUGAACCUCAUUACUGAGCGCCCAUAUAUAAUACAAUCUCACAUAUGCAAGUGUAAAAUAAUAUACACAUAUUUACAUCUAUCUAUCUAUCUAUCUAUCUAUCUAUCUAUCUAUCUAUCUAUCGAAAUAUACGUACUUUUUGUACGAAGAUGUGGUAAAAUUAUUGCUGUUAUAAUCAAUGAUAAUUUCUGUCUAUCUAUCUAUCUAUCUAUCUAUCUAUCUAUCUAUCUAUCUAUCUAUCUGAAUAAAAGACUAGAAGAAAAACUAUUCUUAGCUGACGCCUGUCAAAGAACUGUUACCCGCCUGAAAGCUGUGUCUAUCUAUCUAUCUAUCUAUCUAUCUAUCUAUUGUGGAGAGCAAUAUAUAACACUAUCUAUCUAUCUAUCUAUCUAUCUAUCUAUCUAUCUAUCUAUCUAUCUAUCACUCAAAACAAGACAGUGUGGUACGUGUCAAAACAGCAUAGAUCCUUAG